UUUCAUUGUUUGAGGCAACAUCUAUCCGGAAAGAUGAGGUCAAAAUUACCCCAAGACCACCGUGCAAUUAUUAAUGAGGGGGAAGAAAAUGAGAUGGAAAUAUUUGGCUAUAGAGUGAGCAUCCCCUGGAUUGUCCUGUGUGUGAUUGGUUACUGUGUAUCAGGAGGGAUUCUUCUGCUGCUCUUUUAUUGGAAACCGGAGUGGAGCGUGUGGGCAAACUGUGUCCCAUCCUCGUUGGAGAAAGCCAAUGUUAUUUUACUUAGGACAACUGAUGAAAGGAAGAAAUACACUAGGAAGAAAGUGCGCUGGAUCAUUUUAGAUGAAUUUAAAGAUUCACUGAGUCGGUCGCCAUGUUCUGUCAUGUCUGAUGAAAACUCCACAGUAAAUAGAGCUAUAAGAAGACCAGAUCUUAAAGUAAGAUUCAUUCGGGUACAGAAGAUUCAAUAUGUAUGGGACAUUUACAAAAAGGAAUUUCAGAAAACUGGAACUUUGGAGGAUGAACAUUCCUGUUAUAGCUUACAUUCAAAGUAUGGAUCUGGUCUAAUUAAAGAAGAGCAAGACAUCAGGAGAUUAGUAUGUGGACAUAACACUAUUGAAGUUGAAGUUGCACCACUCUGGAAAUUAUUAAUUAACAAGGUUUUAAACUUAUUCUAUUUGUACCAGUUCUUCACUGUGGUCCUAUGGCUGGCUGAAGGGUAUCUGGGUUAUGCCAUUGCAAUCCUUCUCCUAGCUUUCUGCACUAUUACUUUAUCUCUCAUGGAGCUCAGGCAGCAAUCGUCAAAGCUACACAAUUUGGUGAAAGCUCAUAAUAAUAUGAAGGUGACUGUAAGUCGAAGAGAUGAAGAAUACAACCAAAUAGAAUCACGCAAUCUAGUACCAGGAGAUAUUAUUAUUCUAUCUGGCAAGAACUUUUUCAUGUCUUGUGAUGCCAUUUUAAUCAAUGGGACAUGUAUUGUAAAUGAAGGCAUGUUAACGGGGGAAUGCAUUCCUGUGACAAAAACUCAAUUGCCACAUGUAGAUAAUACAAUGCCUUGGAUGCAGUACAGUGGAGAAGAUUAUAAGCGCCAUGUCUUGUUCUGUGGAACUGAAGUUAUAAGAUCAGAAUCCACUGCACAAGGACCAGCCAAAGCUGUUGUGUUAAGGACCGGAUUUAACACAACUAAAGGUGACAUGGUGAGAUCUAUACUGUAUCCCAAACCUCUAAACUUCAAACUGCACCGAGAUGUAAAAUGGUUUUUCAUAUUUUUGGGAUUUCUUGCAGUUGUUGGCAUAGUCUACGCUGUCAUCAUAUUUGCACAGAGACAGGUUUCUGUGGGGAGAAUUAUUGUGGAAUCCCUUGUCCUUUUGACAUCUGCGAUUUGUCCAAUCAUUCCAGCAGCUUUGACAGUUGGGAUUAUUUAUGCCCAAAGCCGACUAAAGAAGAAGAGUGUCUUCUGCAUCAGUCCGGACAGAAUAAACAUGUGUGGCCAGCUUAACCUGUUCUGUUUUGACAAAACGGGCACUUUAACAGAAGAUGGACUUGAUUUAAUGGGUGUUAUACCAUCUGGUGGAACAUGUUUCCAGAACAUUCUUAAACAUGACCAGAUGAAUGAGCUUUGCUGGGGGCCCCUGUUUGGAUCAAUGACAAGUUGCCACUCUCUUAUCAUGGUUGAUGGAAAUUUACAAGGUGAUCCUCUGGACCUGAAAAUGUUUGAAGCCACUGGCUGGGUAUUAGAGGAUACUGGCACAAAUGAUAACGAGGGAUCCUCAACCCAGAAUAUGGUUGUACGACCUCAGCCUGGAUCAUAUCAUGACACAGUGCUUGGAGUGAAUGUUUUGUUCCAAUACCCGUUCUCUUCAGCCAUGCAACGUAUGUCUGUCAUAACUGAGGUCAUAGGAGGUGAUGGUGAAUUAACUGUUUACAUGAAGGGAGCUCCAGAGAUGGUGGCCAGUUUUUGCAGGCCAGAAACAGUUCCAGAAGAUUUUUCACAUGAACUGGAGAUAUACACAUUUCAAGGGUUAAGAGUCAUUGGAGUAGCACACAAAAUUCUUAGAAAUGCAAAUAAAGAUGAUUUAGAAAGUACUGAAAGGGAAGAUGUGGAAUGUGACAUGGAGUUUCUUGGGUUGCUGAUAUUAGAAAAUCGUCUGAAACCAGAGACCCAACCAAUCCUCGAGGAGCUCAAUACAGCCAAUAUCAGAACUGUAAUGAUUACAGGUGACAACAUACAAACAGCAACUACGGUUGCCAAAAACUGUGCCAUGAUUCCUGAGGACAGUCAAGUGAUUCUAGUAGAAGCGUGUAAACCUGAAGGCUGUUCUUUAGCAUCUGUCACCUGGAAACUUCUGGAAUACCCACAGACUGGACAAAAUAAAGCCAUUCAGGAUAUCAGUAUCGAUGUUGAAAAUAUACCGGAUACCAAAAAACAGAGCAAUGAUUACCAUUUUUCAUUGAGUGGAAAAACCUAUGAAAAUCUAGAAACAUAUUUUCCAGAUUUGUUACCAAAAAUUUUGAUGAAUGGAACAGUUUUUGCAAGAAUGUCUCCUGGGCAGAAAUCAGCAAUUAUAGAUGAAUUUCGAAAACUUGAUUAUUAUGUGGGAAUGUGUGGAGAUGGAGCCAAUGACUGUGCUGCUCUGAAGAUGGCCAAUGCUGGGAUUUCUCUGUCAGUACAAGAAGCAUCUGUGGCUGCACCUUUUAACUCACAUGUCACAAAUAUCAAGUGUGUCUCUGAACUGUUGAAGGAAGGACGAGCUGCACUUGUCACAUCUUUCUGCAUGUUUAAAUACAUGUCUAUGUUUGGAUUAAUUGAAUAUAUCAACACACUGCUGCUUUACUGGCAACGAAAUAUCUUUGGAAACAAUCAGUUUCUGGUCCAUGACUUUGCUAUUAUGUUUAUCAUUUUCCUUACAAUGAGCUCCACUCCUGGAUAUCAUAAACUGGCACCAUACAGACCACCGGGGCAGCUGAUCUCUCCAUCUAUGUUGUUGUCAGUGGUGUACAACGUUUUCUUUACAAUAGCCAUGCAGACGUAUGCAUUUCUUAUAGUUCAGCAGCAGCCAUGGUACAGCACCGAUGAUGUUUUUAGUGCCUGUUACCCAGGGAAUGUAAGCCUGAACCGCAAUCUUACCUAUAAUCUAAUACACAAUAGACAUCAGAAGAAUUAUCCAAGCUUUGAGAACUCAACUCUGUGGCUCCUUACUGCUGUACACCUGGUCAUCCUAGCCUUUGUCUUCUCUAAAGGACAACCAUUCCGUAAACCACUGUAUACUAAUUAUGUUUUUGUGGCUACAUUGGUGGUAGAGUUUACCCUCACCCUGUUCUUUAUAUUUGCUGACUUCAAGUAUAUGUAUGUUGUUUUAGAGCUUGUCUGUACCCCAACCAGCUGGAGAAUCCACAUGUUGGUCAUGCUGAUCAUAUGUCUUGUGGUAUCAUUUCUGGUGGAGGAAUUUAUUCUAGAUAACAGAGCCCUUUGGUUGGCCUUGAAGAAAUGUCUAAAAUUAAAACCGGGAAGUAACUAUAAAAAAUUAAGAGCUAUAUUAGAGGAGGACAAACAAUGGCCACCCAUUGGAAAAACCGUGUUUGGGAAAAGUAAAUUGACCAACGGAGACUCUAAAAUGUACACUAACCCAGCCUAUGAACAUGAGGAAGUUGUCUCAAAUGGAAGGAAUGGGAUACAUUGAUGUUAAUGGAAGACGUAAAGAAAAAAGUGAAGGGUCUAUACAGCUGUUGUAUGA